GUUGGUCGCUCACAUGUCACAUAACCUUAAAAUUAGGUUUGUUUUCUUUAAAAAAUGUUUAAAUUAAUGCAUACAAAAAACAGUUUAAUUAAACAACUUAUACGAAGUAAACACAAAGCAACACAUUGGUCCGUGCUCCGUAAGAAAAUUCAUCCUACCGACAAAGCGCUCGAACACUUUGACGAUUUCUACAAGGACGUAUACGGAUCUCUGUGGUUGAAUAUUAGGAAAGGCCUGUUGGGGAAGCAGAAGUAUGUGGCCGUGCUCAAUAAUUACGCAGACACUGAGCCCACCAUGACCGCUUUGGAAAAUGCAGGAGCGUUAAACAUGCGUACUUUAUACACUCUAGAGAAGGAUAAUAUUAACGAGGCUUUAGAAAAAAGGAAACGUCUCGCCUAUUUGGAAAAUAUAAUUAAACAAGAAAGUGAUUCAGUUGAAGACGUACAACCGAACUUGCCUGUUGAGAAGGCAGAAAAACCAACCGCUUCUCUAGAGGCAAGCUUAUCUAACGCAGUCAUCGACUCGUCGCGCUUGGUUAGCUCGAACGAUAGUUCAAGCGCAAGUUCCUUGAGUCACUUUCUACCGGCGACCAAACUUAAGGGAAUGGAAGAUUUCAUCCCCGAAUCCCAACACUAUAAAUAUUUCGACGAGACCGCCCAAUCGUCAAAACUCGAAAAGGAGUACAACCUCCACUUCCCCGAACACCUAAACAUUUACUGCUUCGAGGAGGAUAACUUUUCCAAGUUUGAGUCGCCGAAACGCGAUCUCACCAACGUCUAUAACUAUUACGUAAUGGAUGGAGGCUCGGUGCUUCCGGUUUUGGCGCUCGACUUGAAACCGGGACACCGAUUUCUCGAUAUGUGCGCGGCGCCGGGCGGGAAAAGUUACGUCGCGCUUCAGACUCUCUAUCCGGAGUGCGUUGUAUGUAACGACGUCAGCCUGUCGCGAGUUAAUCGAAUCUUAAACGUUUUAGAGCAGUACUUUUACGAUUUGGACGAACGGUGGUUUAAACAGAAUCGUAUUAAAGUGACUCAGGCGGACGGACGGGGUAUUGAGAAAGAGGAAUUCGACAGAAUAUUGGUUGACGUUCCGUGCACGACCGAUCGACACUCGGUCCUCGAAAAUGACAAUAACAUCUUUAAACCUACGAGAAUCAAAGAGAGACUGAAAUUACCCGAAUUGCAAUCGGCGCUGCUGGUGAACGCAUUGAAGCUAAUCGGAAAGGGUGGCGUAGUGGUCUACUCCACUUGCACCUUGAGCCCCAUACAAAAUGACGGUGUCGUUCACAUGGCAUUAAAGCGAAUAUGGGAGGAAACAAACAGAAAAAUUAUUGUUAAGGACCUGGGGCCGGCUCUGACGCCGUUUCGUAAUGUUUAUAAAUUUGCCAAUCAACAACUGAUGAGAUAUGGACACUUAGUCAUACCGCUGGUAAAGCAAAACUAUGGACCCACCUAUUUUUGUAAGCUGGAAAGAAUUUCGUAAAUGUUUUCUUUAUUUAGUAUUAUUGUUAAUAAAAACUUUUGAUAUCU